AUGGCAGAACCAAUCGGGCUCGGUGCCAGUGUGCUCGCCUUCGUUACCUUGACUCUCAAGUCCGCCAAGACGAUUCACGACGUUCUCUCUGCGGUCAAAGAAGCUCCGGAUAGCGUACGCCGCCUCACGAGCGAGGUGAUCUUUAUGCAGUCUAUCCUCAGGCGGUUGUCAAACUUCACAAACCUGCAAAUCCAAACCAUCCCAGUGUCUGAUGCUGAAGCCCUCGAGAAUGUCUUGAAAGUAUGCUUUGAUGAUAUAUCGCACAUCUCUGAACGCCUUCAAGAUUUCGUCGUAUUUCCCAAGACAAAUAAUUGUCAGCGUGCUUUGAAAUGGGUCCGCGCUGCUUAUAACGAGACGGAUAUGGUUCGCUUGACAAAUAUGCUGAGGGGGCACGCAUACAAGCUCCAACUAUACCUGACCAUUAUGCAAAACGAAACAGCGGCUGCCGAGUCAGCUAGUCGAAUGGCAGAAGCGGCAGUUCAGGCCAUGCGAGGUGAUCAGCACACUGCCUCUUUGACCCAGAUCAUAGGGUUGCUCACGGACAUGCACCCCCUGACAACGUGUGCUGACCAGAGCGAAAUCGUCGAAAGACUCGCGAGGCUUGCAAUGGAGGAUACGAGAACAGUCGAAGUCGAUGACUACGAAAGCAUCGUCGCCGACGUGCAAGUUUCUGAAGGCCAGCUUGGACGAGAAGAUGCCGCUGCAAGAGGAUGA